AUGUGCUUUGUUAAGUUUUUGAAACAUCUGGAACAUCUGUUCCAAUUGUUUCAAGGACAUUGGGUUAUUGUGUGUUUGUUCUUCUGGAAAAUCAGCCAUUUGCAGGGAAUGAAGGACCGAAGGAGUCUACUAAAUAAUGAUGAAUUGCUUAAGUUGGCUAAGGAUGUGCUCAAGGACUUACCUCGAUUUUCAGAUCCUGAACGUGAUGCACGCGAUUCAGUUCAAAUCCAACAAUUUAUCAUUGACAAAACCACUGAAAGAGAGGAGAUUGUUCAUAUGUUGCUACAAGUCGACGCCAACCAUGAUCCUGCUACUGCGUCAGUUGUUCCGAUUAUUGGAAAUACUGGCUCCGGUAAAACUUCCCUUGCAUUGCUUGUCUAUCAUGACGUUAGAAUUACUAACAAUUUUGAUAAUCAAAUUUGGAUUGACGCCUCUCGUAUCAUCCAUGAUACUUAUGAUUUACUUCGUGAAGUUAAAAAUGAGUAUUUUAGGACUCAUAGUACAUUUGAGUGCGAAACAAAAAAAUGGUGCACAUCACUGAACUCCGACCUCUUCCUCUCAUCGCCGACUGCUAAAUGCGCACCAUUUCUAUUACUUCCACCUAGCCGGGAUAACUGCCUAGCUACGUUUAAGAGCAUAGCAUUCAAAGGAACAGAAGAAAACUUUUAUUUGAAAGACCUUGGUCUUAAGAUUUUUGACAAUUGUACUGAUAAUCUACAUGCUAUACGAACCAUAGCUUUUAUCCUUUCUUCAAAUACUACCCCAGAAAAGUGGCAGUAUCUCAAUUUUAUCUUGCUCCCGAGUGUAGAAAAUCCUUUUGAUUCUAUUAGCUUUAUAGUUCACCUCAUACGAAAACAGCUCAUUGAAUGUAAAUCGCUAUUUGACUGUGAUUUCAAUUAUCGUAAAAGGCAACUUGACUGCAAUUCGAAAAUCACACUUCUUAGGUGGGGAAAUUUUGUUGAAGAUAUCAGCAGGAGCAGUAAAACAAGUGUCACAGUGUACUACAAGGCUGGGGUUUUAAUGCAUGAGGUGAUGAAAUAUCAACAUCUUGUAAGAGAUGAUAUUCGUUUACUGUAUAGCCCUACUGAGGAAGUUGAUCAUAAACUAAUUCGACAUGUUAGCUUUAUUGUGGACUCCUCUUGGGAAGCUCCUUCCUGGCUUCUUGAAGCUAAACAAUUGAAGUCUCCCCAUUUUAUUCCAAGUAAAUCAUGCAGCUUGACUAUGAUACCCAAAAUUAAUGAAAUACUGGAAAAUAAAAUGGAGUUGAGAGCUUUAGAUCUAGCCAUUGUUAAUUGUAGAAGCUGUUUAAAUUCUAUAGGAAAGUUAACGAACUUAAGGUACCUCAGACUUGGUGCUUCCUCUGAAUUUUUGCCUGAAUGCAUCACAUAUAUAAAGUACUUGCACACUUUAGACCUACGCCACUCUGGGGUUCAACAGCUACCAGAUUGCUUUCAUGAAUGGUCGAGGUUUUCGUUAAGGCAAUUGUAUGUCGGAGAUAGAUUAAUCGAUCUACCUCCUAGGAAAGCAGUUUCUGAAAAUGAAAAACUUUUAGCAAACUUGGAGCUAAAUGGGUUGUCAUUAGUGUGGUCAUCUUCAAAUUCAAAACCAUUUGGUAAAAUUGACCAAAAGAACGAAGCUUUGGAGUAUGAGUUCUUGCAACCACCUCCUACUGUCAAGAACUUGGUAGUUCAAGGUUAUAACAAGGUGAGUUUUCCGGGAUGGGCCAUGAACCGAUUCUCAUCGUUGCUUAGUAACCUUGUAUCACUGCAUGUAAAAGACUGCAGUAGCUGCCAGUAUUUGCCACCCUUUAGUACUAUUCCAAAUCUUGAGUAUCUUCAGCUUUGUGGUCUCGAUGCCUUGGAAUGGAUAGAGAAUUGUGAUGACAAUAUUAUUGAUGCUUCUUCUGUGAAAGCAUUCUUCCCAUCCCUUCAGUUUCUCGAGUUGGUUAAUUUGCCCCAACUAAAGGAUGGGAAAAUUUUAACAAACAAGAUGUCUCCCAGAAGGUUUUCAAAUCGCUUUCAGAACUAA